ACAGGGGGCGCCCGCCGCUCCGCCGCGCAGUUUGUGUUCCGGGUGAUGCUGCUCUUCCCUUGAAAGCAAAGGAGAGUCUAAGGCUCAUGUGUCAACAUCCAGGGUUUCCCGGGGGAGUCGCAGCGUUAACGUUAUGCCGAAAGAUCAGACAUUCUUUUGAACAGCGUUUUCUUUUCUUUCCACUCUUCGCCUUUUAAAAAAAGUUGCAUUUCUGUGAAACCAAGAAGACAAUCUCUCCUUCCCGCCGCUUCAACGUUAGCUAACGUUGUUUUAAAGGAUGACAGAGUACAAAGUGUCAGCAGCGUCUCGCAUAAUUUUAUAAUAUCUGGGGACUUGUUAGCUUAGCUAGCUAGCUAGCUUGGUCAUCUCGAUUAGAUCGUAAAAGCGCAGCGAAACCAAACACUCUGCUGACAUGAUGUUUCCUCAAUCAAGGCACUCGGCGUCCUCUCAGUCCAGUCAGCCCCUGAAGUUCACCACUUCUGACUCAUGCGAUCGCAUCAAGGAUGAGUUCCAGUUCCUUCAAGCACAGUAUCACAGUUUGAAAUUGGAGUGCGACAAACUGGCCUCUGAGAAGUCUGAGAUGCAGCGUCAUUAUAUCAUGUAUUAUGAAAUGUCUUACGGGCUGAACAUUGAAAUGCACAAGCAGGCUGAAAUAGUGAAGAGGCUGAAUGGGAUCUGUGCUCAGGUGCUGCCUUACCUGUCACAGGAGCAUCAGCAGCAAGUCAUGGGCGCCAUAGAGAGAGCCAAGCAGGUCACUCCUCCUGAGAUGAACUCCAUCAUCCGGCAACAGCUGCAGGUUCAACACCUGUCCCAGCUCCAGGGCCUGGCGCUGCCCGUGACCCCGCUGCCCCUGGGUCUCACCCCUCCCUCCCUGCCUGCCGUCUCCUCCAGCUCCGGCCUGCUGUCCCUCUCCUCCAUCCUGGCCAACUACUCGCACGGCCAGCCGACCGCCGUAAAGGAGGACGGCGCCAGAGAGCCCGCCGAGAGAGCGUCCAGAGGAGAGGACGGAGACAAGUCCGACUAGUGCCGACACUGUGAGACGGUUUGAGGUAACGCAAGUACUAAAUAAAAGCAAAAAAAAAAAAAAGGUUAGACUGUAAGUGAUGAUCCAUGUACCUGAGAUGAUGGCAGAAAAGGUGGAGUGAAAACUUUUGGAUGUUCAGAUAAGGAGAAUUCCUAACUGACUGAAAGUGAGGGUUAAUGUUGUUAUUAAUUAGCUGUAAUAGAUUCCUUUAAGACAUGUACACUUUCUUUCAACUGUAAGCCUGUGCUGUUAGGCUUAACACAGCUUUCACAUUUGACUCUCAAAGAAACCAUAACCUCAGCUCCGUGUACAUAAAUCUGCGAUUUAUACAUUCAUUUUACUGACUUUAGUCAGAAUUUUGAUGAUCAUUUUCUCUAUUCCCUUGUUCAUUCUUCUCUUUAAGUGCAUCCCGGGUUUAUUUUAUGGGUAUUUUUAUUGACAUGUUAGUACAGUGCAAAUUCUUUUUUCUCCCCUAAGAAAAGAUUUCAGUUUAACAUAAGCAUUUAGGUUAGUUUGAAGAACAUCUUGUAAAGGGCAGAAAGCCUCUGGGCUUUUCUAUUGCUGCUGUGUGUUACAGCUAAGUUCAACCUUUGGCAACGCUCGGAUUAAAGCGGAUUUUCAGUUUCCGUGAAGAAAAAACACAAUUUCGUCGGACCUUCAGGUGUAUGUAUAAGUGAUCGUGAAUGUAAAAAAGGUACUUGUGUUUUUAUUUUUUGAAGUCGCUGUUGUCCUAAAAAAACCUGCAGGAUGUUGUAACUUCCAGGCUUCUCCUCUGGAAAGUUUGUAGCCUAACUUCAGAUCUGCUUAGCUUGCUGUCCUCUAAGCUUUUAUGGCAAACUCUCCACUGGUGGCAAUGCAAAAUGAAUGACCUGCCUUUUCUGCAGCGAGUGUGGCCGUGCUUAAAGAAAAUGACUUUUUGUUGUAAACAGAAAUGGGUAAAACUUGAAUGGGUCUAAUUUGAAAAAGCAGACAGCAGUAACAUAUGUUGUAAAGCUCUUCCUUUUCUUUUCUUUUUUUUUCUUUUUAGAUAUAAGGAGCAUCUAUGUAUCUGUCAAAAGCCUCCACUUUUCAGCAAAUUUUGGGGAAGUCAAAUAAAUGAGUUUAAUCUGAUUUCUGGUAGCUUUAAUUUUUUGUUUUUGUUUUUAAAGCAUCCCUUUAUGUUAAAAAGAUGCGCGCAGCUUUUUGUUUGGGAGAAAUGUCGCUUUUCAACCAGCAGAGGGCAGCAGCCUUAUUUAGCACAGCGGGGGACUUCCGGUUAAACUGUUCUGACUGGAGGGGCAUCGCGUGGAGUCGUGAAAUCUUCCCAUUCUGCCAAAAAAGCAUGUGUUCAUAUAAAUAUUAAAAAUUAUCUUAAAGUUGUUAAAACUAUGAGUUUGAAAGGGUGAUUGAUUUUAAAUCAAUAUUUACUUGAAAUAAUGAUUCACAAAAUCAAUAAAUCAUGUUUUUUGUCCUUAAAUAAUAGUUCAUUUUUUUAGUGGAACCAUUUAAAAAAAAACAUUGUUUUUAAUAAUGACAUUUUCCUUUUGUUUAAACUUAGUUUAAAACACCUGUAGUAUAAACAAUCUCUUUUACAACCAUCAAAUUGAGUUUUUUUAAUGAAAACGUAAAAAAUAAAUCAUAGAAUUAAUUUAUGAAUUGAAAGAAGUCUUGACUUUAUUAAACCGAAAACAACAAACAUUUACCCCCCCCCCCCUUAAAAAAGAAAAAUUGAUUGUUUGAAAGUAAAAUAAGUUCAGUGAGGUUUGAAAAAGCCAUUUGAACCCAAAACUCAGUUUUACUUUAGCAUUAAGUUCUUUCUGUCUUUUCAUUUUCAUUCCUCAUUAGCGAGCUUUAAAAAAAAAUAAAAACACCUCUGCUUUCCUCUUUCCUAAAGAAGACCAUAAACUUCGUCAUUUGAAGAGCACUUGCUUUGUGAUUUUAUUUUUUUCCUGCCUCUACUCUUGCUUAAAAGAGCAAACCACUUCCUUCUAUUGAGAUUUGACUUUAAAAAAAGAAAAAAAAAAGGCACGAAAAACAUUUUGCACUCCAUAUUCUGACAUCCGUCUGCGGAGAGAACCUCCUUGGCAAAACAGACACGUGAAUGGUUUGUGCGUUUGUUUUUGCUGUGAUGGGCCAAUUUGUAUACAUAUGAAUAUAUCAAUAUACAUAUUUUUUAAAGCAUUUUUGUAUGUUUCAAAGCUGCUUUUUAAUGUUUCUGUAACACAAACGACUUUGUUGUUUUGUAUGUGUGUACAUUAUCAGCCUACAGUAACAGGAACAAUGUUGGAAACCAUGAAUCUUUUUCCCCUCUUCCUGCUUUCUUUCUCAUUCACCAGUUGGGCUGUAAAACAUAGCAUAUCUAGGUUUGUAAAUUUUUUUUUCUUUUUUCUUUUUCUUUCAAAUGCAACUGUAAAAUGUGAUUCUGAACAUGCAUUUUAAAAUACCUAGGACAAAAAAAAUUAAAAAGCUGUAAGCAACUGUACCUUUUAUGAGAAUGAAUCAACCUUUUAGCAGUAAGGAAGCUUCUCUGGUGCCUUACAAAUAAAAGACGUGAUUAAGAGUGA